AUGAUCAUAUCCUAUCUCGCUCGGAUUGUGCUCCUUCUCCCGGAGUUGUCUUCUGGAGACGCUGACAGGCUAGCUGAGAUUGCAGCUCAUCAGGUGAGGUCUUUCGGAAGUUUGGAAAUGAAAAGCUUUAUUAUCGAAAUGCAUUGACUGAUAACAAAAAAAAAAUCAAAAAAUAAGGUCUCUAGUCCAUUUUCUUCCUUGAAGCUCUUAAUUUGGAAUGGAUUCAGAAGCAUGAGCAAAACUUUUAAAAAAUCGUACUGUAUCUAUGACUUUACUGGGGAUCUUUUGGUGAUUAUGGAGUGGCCGUCUUUUUUAGAAUCUUAGGAACAAAUUUUUCAGCACGGUCAACUGUCGCCAAAUCUAGCCGAGCCAGACCGAACCUUCACUUUGCCUCCUGCUUCUCAUGAACGUCGGAAAGAUGGGGGAAAACGGAAAAAGUACAGAAAAGAGAAGGACCGCGACACAACUACAGAACAACCCGAACCGUGUGUCCAAAUCAACGACACGCUUCGAAAAAAUCUUCUCCAGGUUCGGUUUUGAAAAAACUUUUUUCAAUGAGUCAGAACCAAUUUCAUCUUGUUUUCUCCGAUUAUUCCAAAGAUUUUUUCUCAAUUCAAUUUGUCGCCAAAUUCAUUCAUUUUCCAGUUUUUUUGUUUUUAUCGAGUUGCAUGAAGAAAGACAAAUGGAACAACACAAAGAGAUUUUGGUUUCCGUUCAUCAUAUCCACUGAGAGAGCUAUUAUUUCGGCCCCACGUACCUUAAUCGUCCCCAGCCAUGCUACGUUCAAAAAAAUUUGGCAGACUUGCGCUUCUCUGGCAACCUUCGAGCUUUUAAGUGGGCUGAAAAUAGCCGACAUGUAUUGCAAUAGUUUGUGGGGCACUUUUUCUUUGAAUUUGCUUUUGAAGGUCUGAAAAAAUCUUUUUUACAUUUCAAAUGAAGUGUUUUGUGGUUCGAAACAAAAAGACUUUUGAAAACGCUUUGAACUUUGGACCUUCUUACAACUUAUGAAUAUCUCAAAAGUCAAAAAUCAAACAAUUUUGAACUUCUAGUCUUUUUUUGACAUUUGAAGAAAUUGAGGAAAUGAAUAAAAAUCGUCUUGACCUUUUCAUUAAUGGAGGCUUAACGGAAAAUGAUUGUUCCCAGAUUUCUCCACUGCAUUUUUCUCAGAAUCGUUUCCGACCCAACCAUCUGAAAUUGAAUAAGAAUAAAGGUCUGCCAAUUCCGGUGGCAAUUCCAAACUCCCCCGUUCAUUGCUAAUCAAAUGGAGCAUCGCAAGACUGCCAAACUGAUGUUCUUUUCAUGCGAGUUUUUUUAUUUCACUGCACUUUUUUCGUUAGGAAUUGGUUCAAUCAAGUUGCUCUCCUUAUGAGGCUCCACUGGAGUGACGAUACUUCCGUGUUUGCAUUUGGACUUUUUUUUUCCGAUGAACUGCCUAGGGAGAAAAAUUAAUUAAAUUUUUCGAAACUUGCGCCGAUUCGUAGUUGUGACUUAUACGAAUGGACCUUCGCUUUCGCAGUUGACAGCUCUCAUGAACCGACUUUUCUGUUUGUCUCUUUGUUUGUAUUCCCUUACUCUGUUUAGAUUUUUUCUAGAAAUAAUGUCUCUUUUUCAUUAUUCCAUGAGAAUAGAGUUCCGACGUCGUUAAUUUUUGAAAAAUUAAGGAAAAAAUCCAUUCACUAGUCCAGAGUUCCCGGCUGUUUAUAUGAUUUUUCUCAUACAAAAAAAAGUUCGGUGACUGAAGAUUUUUCAAAAAAACUGUCCAUAUUGCUUUCUGCCACAAAAUUUUAUUUUACGUUGCUUCCCCUUUCACAGCUUUUUUUUUAGCCAUGCAUAAGCAAUUUAGUCCGCAACCUUCAAACACUUGACAGAUUCUGGUGUUGUUUUUUUAUUGGGAAUGAGCGAUUUUGGAAUUGAAGAGGGAAGAAAACAAGCCGGCAAAAACGUUCGACGUAAACGAAAGGCCGUUUUUCUUCCUUCGGCGGCAUCUUUCUCAGAAGGGAAGAAUUCCUGAGAAGACCAUGUUCGAGAGGAGUUCUCAACACUCUAUUGGUUUUCAUUCAGAAACCUGAAAAUCAGCCAUUGAAAAAAACCAAAAAUUGAAGAGUAAAAGUCAAGGCGAAGUCCACUAAAUCAUAUUCCAAGACUCCCCGAAAAACACAUUUUUCACACGGUUCACGUUUUUCUUCUUACUCAAUGAAUUAUGAGGGAAGUUAAGGCUUUUCUGAAUUGGUACCUUUUGAACAAUAUUUUCUCUAUGGCAUCGAGAAAAAAGUGAAGCGGCCACCGACGUCGAAGGGCCAAUGAAUAGCCGUUUAGCGAUGAUUCGAUGCGUGAAAUCGUGCUCCCAUCGCUUUUCCCAGAACAUUUGUAUAUCUUUUAGAGAUUCUUUUGAACGUGCACGUCGUCGGGCUUUUCUCAGCCGACAAAUGCCAUUCUCGGGGCCAAUAACCACGUGUGUAGAUUGAAUUUUCGAGAUACCCUCCACCGUUACGGAUACUCAAAAGCACUUUGGCGGAGAGAAAAAACGAACCUGUGGACAUUAUAUUGUUAGAAGACGAGCAAAGAUUCGUUUUCUGUUUCAAAAUGAUCAUUAUAUGACAAAAAAUUCUUUCUUUUUCACUUUUUUGAUUUCAAGGGAAUUUUGCUGAACUGGAUUUUAUAUUAAAUUCUAGUCCCAUAAGAGAAAAACUUUCGCAACUUGGUUAUUCGCAGAAGAACCUGCCAAUCCGCACUUCAGAGUUUCGCUGGAUUAGAUGAGGCUCGAAUGAAAGUUUCAUUGCUCUUCGUUUGAACAUCCGAGCUCGCUCUAUCAACCAUGAAUCCUUUAUGGGAAAGGAAAUUGGCCCGAAUUCCAAAAAAGGUCCAACAACAACACAAGGGAUUUUCUCCGUCAUCCGGUUGCACUUUGUGCAAUUUGGAAAAAUAAUGGAAUUUUAACUCGAUUGAAGGUAUUUAAGUUAACGUUUUUCAGAAGGAGCAGUUAAUUUUUUUUUUUGGCUGAUUAUUGAAAAAUCUGACAAAAAUGAAGUGCAGGGAAAUUUGCAAAAAAAAAAGGUUUUGAUUUCAAUUUUUAGUCAAUAUGAACCAGCGUUUUUUUUGAUUUUGUAAAAAUUUUUGCUUGUUAUAAAUAAUUGUCCAGAAAGAGUGAAGUCUUUUUUUCUAUUUGAAGAAAAAAAUUUUUGAAAAAGUAAGGCCGCACCUGUAUUUUUUUCUUUUUUUCUAGUUUUUGUAAAGCUGGUCGAAAUCCUUCUCAAAAUUUUUUUGAAGCAACGGUGGACUUCUGAAUACAGUGAAAAAGCUUUUUUAUCUCUUAUUCAAAAACUCCACUUCAAAUCCGCCGUUUAUGAAACGGUAAAGCAAUGUUUCUCGUUCAAUACUUAUUUCAUUGUCAUCAAAAACCAACUUCGAAGGAAGGAAAGCAAAAACCACGUAGAUUUGAUUAGGAAAUUUGCGAUUUAGUUGUGUUCGACACAGCCGAUGCGACAACACAAUGACGAAAAAAACUGCAUUGUGCGGGACGAUUGAGGCGUCUUUGCCGCUGGAUAACCAAUUCCAGAAAGUCGUCUCCGAGAUUUCAUCUGAUCUUGUAGUCCCGUCCCCAUCUUCGGGAUUCAUUGCUUGCCGUCAGUCGGAAACGAAGCAAAAACCACAAAUUCGCCGCGAGGGAUCCAUGUGAAACAGAAUGGGGUCGAAAAUAUCCUGUCUUUUCAGAAAUGAAAUAAAUUAUUGAGAAAGAAUGGAGAAUUGCGUGUUUCUUGCAAUGCGAUGGUUUUUUUUUCAGGAAUUAUUCAGCGACACGUACGACAAGAACAAUUUGCCGAGUGCGAAUUCUACAGAGGUGGGGGAUUUUUAGUUAUUCUUUUUGUGUGUAAAAAAAACUAGCUAUUUUAAAAAUUUGUGCGAAACCGUUCAAAAGGCUUUUUUUAUCUCAUUCAGAGAAAAAUUAUAUUAAUCGCUGUUGUUGAAAGUACAGUACUGGCCAUAAAAAUAUGCCUUUUUGGUUUUUGGCUAUGAUUUAGGUACAAACAAUCAGAAUUUACUAAGAGUUUAAUAUAUGGUGCAUGACAACGGUUUACUCAUAUUUAAAUCACAUUAAUAGACUUUUUAGAACAAUAUAAAAAUUUUAAGCUCGCAAAAAAACUGAAAAAUGGCAAAAGAUUUUUCAACUUUUUAAUAUUUUUUUGAAAUAAAUCAUUUAUGAACUAUUAUUAUUUUAAUUGAAUAUUUAAAAAAAUUAAUCGAAGGAUUGCAGUGACGAAAAAAACCUUGAUAUUUCAAAAAGACUUCUCUGAAAUCUCGGCCCAUUAUUCCAUGUGGAACUUUUUUGACCACCAAAUAAACCACAAAGAUGUUUUCUAGAAAACUUUCAAUAUAUGAAACUGCCUUCAAACAAAUUUUGCAGGUGAUAGUCGAACUCACCGUUCAAUCGAUCACGGAAAUCAGCGAGUUCUCGUCCAGUUUCAAAGCCGAUGUUUGGUUCUCUCAAAUCUGGCGAGACCCUAGACUCGACUUUACGGAUCGGAAUUAUUGUCUCAAAAAUAUUUCUCUGGCGUCCCACAAACUACCAACCAUGUGGUCACCGAACGUCUGCUUUGUCAAUAGCAAAAAGGUAAAAUUCUAGAAGUCUCAACCUGCACAAAUUUUUCGUUUUUGGAAAAAAAACGCCUUAAAGUCAAAAAAAAUCCUCAAAAUCCAUAAAAAAAGGCUAUUUUGAGACUUUAGACCAUUAUUUCUCGGAAAUUAGGAAGUUGGGCAGGUUCGAGGAAGUUGUAAAAAAGCUGUGCAGAAAAUUUUUGAAAAAGAAGCAGUUUUUUAGAAGAGUAGAUUAAGGAUCUAUGUAACAUUGAAUACAUUUUUUUAAUCGAAAAAAAUUGGAUUGAAACAGGUGGAGAUCCAUUCAUCGCCAUCGCAAAACAUUCUGCUCCUCGUUUUCCCAAACGGCACUGUUUGGCUCAACUUCCGAGUUUCUUUGAUUGGACCCUGCAAAUUGGAUCUCACAUACUUCCCGAUGGAUCGACAAUCUUGUAACUUGAUCUUUGAGGUUUGUUGAUUUUUCAUAAUCAAGGAGAAACGUUAUCGUUUUUUGAGAGAAUUAUUCUCGGAAUUCAGUCUUUGAAGGUUGAACUAGUUAUGUGGUUCUUUUGAUUGAAAAAAAAUUAUGUCACGCACAGAGAGACGUUCCCAAUAUAGAAUAGCUUUACGUCACAUAUUAGUUCAUUUCGAAUGCCCUGAGUAGCUAAGGCUUUUUUUACAUCAGAAUCUCCAGAAACAAAUUUUGUGGGCUGGAAUCCAGAUUAAGAUGACGCAAAUCGUGGGAAAGUCGGUUGCAACAUUCGAGUGGUUGCGCGUACUAGGUUUUCUAGAAAGUGUAGCCUUUUUGGGUGUCCGACUUGAAAAAAAAAUUAGGAGACUACAAAAAGCGAAAGUAUUAUUUGGUUGAAUUCUAGGUCUCGAGAAAAAUUGUAUAUUUUACAUAGUGUGAAAUCUAAUUGAGAAGCUCAAAAUCCACGUCGAAAAAUCUUUGAAAUAAAUUAUUUUUUAUGGUGAUUUUGUAGAAGUAUUUUUUCAACAUACAAGUUUAUAAAUAUUGUUUUCCUCACAGAGCUACUCGUACAACACUGCGGAAGUUCGAAUCGUAUGGAGAGACUGGGAGCCGGUGACGAUUCCAGAUCCAGAUUCAAAAAACUUACCUGACUUUGAACUGGUUAAUUUCGAGUAUGGAAGGAAUUUUGAUAAAAUCGGUAGGAUUAUCGCCUUUCAGACAUCGAAAUGCGACACUGGUGUACACGGCCGGAUUGUGGGACCAGUUAGAAGUUCAGUUCACAUUCCGUCGGCUCUAUGGAUACUAUGUUCUGCAGGUUCCCUGUGAUUUCCGAGAAGAUUUAACUCGGAACUUUCCAGGCCUACAUGCCGACUUAUCUUUCUGUUUUCAUUUCUUGGAUUGCCUUCUGGAUUGACACCAAGGUGAGCUCCACGUUGAAAAAAACUUCAAAAUGAGAAAAUUUCUACUCGAACAUACUGGGAAGGCAACCAGUAGGAGGUUGGGAGGUGAAUGGGAUCUCGAAGGUCUUGAGUAGGCCUAGAGAAGGUCUUUAGAAGGUGGGAAGAUAAAAAAUCAAGAAUUUGUGCGAGGAUUCUUCCAGCAGGCUUCUGGUAGGUGAGUGGAGGUUUAAGGAAGGUAUAUCACUUGCUGGAAAGCUUCCAAACGCCUUCUGAGAAACCGAGAAGCUUCCCAACUUUUUGCUGGGCCUCAAAUUAGCAGGGAACGUUUUUCACCCCCGGUUGAACUUUUGCUGAAAUUUUGCUGAAGUGUCUUUGGGACCCCCUGAUUCCAGAACAAAAAGAAAAUUUCCCGCAAUAGAUCUUGUUUCCGAGUUGUGGAGCUUAAAAGUGUGCAAAACACGCAAAUUACGCCAAAAAAGCGCUAUUUCAGGCUUUUGAAGUGUUCUAACUCGAAAACGAGAUUUAUUGCGUAAAAUUUUCUUUCUGUUUUAGAAUCAGGGGGUCCUAAAGUACACUUCAGCAGAGUUUCAGCAAAAGUUCAACCGGGGGGUAAAAAAAAUUUCCCUAGCUAGUUUGAACAAUCCCUUACAUCAAUAGCUUGACCAUUAUUUAAGAAAAAAAGUUUUUGCUUUUUGAAGCUAACGUGAAUGUUCCAGAAAUAGGUGUAACUCAUUAAUCUUCGCCUUUGCUUGAGAUCACUUUCCAGUUGAAGAUUACAGUAAGUCUCAUUCAAUUGGUGAUAAUCCGAAAGCUCUUCAUAACUUAAUAGUCUUUUAAGUGGGGGAUAUGGGAUUAGUGAACAAUUGUCAGUUUCAGGAAUAUUGAGAUAGAUCAAAAAAAAGUUGUGACGCAUAUAACAUAACUUCCUUUGAAGAUGAAAAUAAAUUAAUCGAUUUGAAGACCUAGAUUAUUUUUAUUCAGUGUUCUUCUUGCGUCAGAUUGAAUAAAAAUUUUGUAAUUUAUGAAUUUAAGGCUCUUCCGGCCAGAAUAACUCUCGGAGUUUCCUCGCUGAUGGCUUUGACCUUCCAGUUCGGUAACAUCGUCAAAAAUUUGCCUCGUGUGAGCUACGUCAAGGUAAACUAACUUUCAGAAAUUGUUAGCUCAUUUGAAUUUCAGGCUCUGGAUAUUUGGAUGUUUGGCUGCGUCGGCUUCAUUUUUCUGUCUUUAGUUGAAGUAUGCUCCAUUCAAGUUUCAAAAUCUAGUCAUUUUUUUUAGCUAGCCGUUGUUGGCUUUGCUGACAAGUUAGAUGCAAAACGGAGAAGGCACAUGAGGUAUGUAAAGUAAGUGUUGUCUUCUAAGCCAAUUUCUCCUCUUUCUUUCCAAAGGUCUCAUAACCUUCCCUUUUGUACUCCCUGACAUUUUUUUCAGAAGCAAAGAGCAAAUGAUGAUGCGAAGCGAUUCUGAACAACAAUGGCUUUCGAGAUUGGCAGGUAUUAUCAAACUGAUGAUAAAUUCCUUGAUUAAUCCUUGGCUUAGAAGGGACUCCGGUGAAUUCAAACGUGUCGAAUGCGAACAAAGACGGGAAUGGUAAUUUGAGACGGAAAAAAAGCGAAGAAAAGCGACAAAAGCUUUUACUACAAAUGGAAAAUCCGUUGCAUGUGAAUGGAGAGAAAAUUGACGAGGUGAAUCAUUGAAGAUUUUUUUUCGUUAAUUGAAUUUUAUCCUAAAUGAAAAAUCUUGUGAUCCCAGGAAAUAUUUGAAUUUCAAAUUGUGUUAAUUUUUUUGGAUUUGUGAGCGAAAAUACAAAAAGAUGAGAUUGAUUUUUUUUUUAGUUCAAUUUUAUUUUGAUUUAAAUGAGAGUUUUGAAAAAUUGAAUCCGCAACGCCAGCAUAUUGGUAUGUCCCUAAAUUUGUCUUUUUUUUCUCAAAAAUGCAUCAAAUGGGUCUUACUAUAUGUCCCAGUUUCAGGCAAAUAUAUAGUCAAUUUUUGUCGUUUUGCAUUUUUUAUCAUAUUGUACAGUUUCAGCGUUAGAAAUAACUUUUCAAAGUGACAUUUUUGCAGUCGUAACACUUUGAACAAAACCUAAUAUUUCAAAUCAAAGCUGAAUGAAUCAAUCAAACGAUACUUUUUGAAUAGAAGCUGGUUUUUAGAAAAGUUUUGUGAUCAUGAAUCUCUGAUGACGCUAAAAAGAAAUAUAAUUAAGGAUCGAGAUUACGUCAAUGGAGAGAUAUUGGAUGAGGUUUUUGGGUGUUUAUUGCGUGUUUUAUUUAUUUUUUCUUUCCACACACACCCACUCAUCUUUCCGAGAGAACUCUAGCUUCAAUCGCCUCGGAUUUACAUGAGCUUCACCUCACCAAGCUUAACUUUUCAUAUCGACUUGCUUAAAUUGCUUGUUGCCCCUGCAGUGCUUCUCCACCGAGUUCUCCUCUUCCAAUCAUUACUUUGCAGAUAUCCGCCAAGCUGUUCCCGCUGCUUUUCACGGCGUUCAACAUCUUUUAUUGGUUCUACUAUAUUGGAAUGUCCGGCGGAAUCUUUUGA